AACACUCACCUCUCUCUCUUCUCUCUUCUCUCUCUAAAGCUGUUCAUCUCCCCAACCACAACAAACCAACUUGCUUAGCUUUGCUCUGUCCAGGGGCAAGAGCAUCCCCUCAAUAAAGCAAAUCCCAUUUUCUGUUUUCUUCUUUUACUUUUUGUCUUAAUUUCCAUUUUACUUCUUGUUAUUGGUUCUGUCUGAAUAAUAAUAAUUUUAUUUAACGGACCCAAACCAAACAAAUACUUGCAGAAGAAUGAAAGAAAAAGCAAUAACCCCCCAAACCAAAUUCUAAAGCCUCAAAUUUGGAAUAUUCCCUUUCAUCUUCCUUUUUUUUUUUUUUUAAUUUGCCAUUUCCUUAUUGAUCUUAUUUGAGAAGACGACCUCUGUUUCUUCUGUUUUUUUCUUUCUUUCUUCAUUCUCUCUUCCUCGUUACAGUAAAGCUUCAUCAAAAGCUCAAAAGGGUCUUCCUUUUUUUUUUAAUCUGGAUUUACCAAUCUUAUUCUUACGUUUUUGUUUUUCUCUGAUUGGUUUAUCUUUACACUAUUGAAUCUCAAGUUCUUCACGAUUUUUUUAGUUUUUAAUCUCCGCUGAAUCGAAUUCAUCAUCAUCUUUUUAGAUCUGGUUAUGUAAAUACCAAUUCGAUUUGCUCUGUUUUUGUAUUCCUUCAAAGUUACGGAAUUUGAAAAAGGUUCGUUGCCGGCGGUUAUGGAUUUGGAUGAUUUCCGAUCGAUUAUGGAAAACGCAGGUGUUGAUGUUUGGACAUUUAUCGAUACGGCGAUUCUGGUUGCCUCGCUUGACUAUGGUCAAGAGCUGAAGCGGCGUAGGGAUAACAUCGUCGAGCGUCUCUACGCGACUUCGAUGGCCAAUAAGUGUAGAAACUGCGACUUUGGUGGCGGCGGAACCGUUACGGAGGCGGCGGUUGGUAGGGUUAACGGGAGGGUUCAUGAGGAGACGGAGGAGGAAGAAGAAGAAGUAGUAGCAGCAGCAGGAGAUGAAGUAAGAGAGAAAUCUGUUAAUGGUGAAGACGAUGAUGAUUUCGAUCCGUUUGCUGGUUUGUUUGAUGAUGAGCAGAAGAGUAUUCUUGAGAUCAAGGAGAGACUUGAAGAUCCUGAUCUGUCUGAAGAAUCUUUGGUUGACUUGCUUCAGAACCUCGAAGACAUGGACAUAACAUUCCAAGCUCUUCAGGAAACUGAUAUUGGAAGGCAUGUGAAUCGAGUUCGGAAGCAUCCAUCUAACAAUGUCCGGAGAUUAGCUAAACAGCUUGUCAAAAAAUGGAAGGAAACAGUAGAUGAAUGGGUCAAAUUUAACCAGCCUGGUGAUCUCGAACCUCCGAGUUUGAUAGCCGAUGAGGACUCACCAGUGCAGAAAGCUCUCCAUAACAGUAAUCGCCAACAGGUGCCUGAUUUCGGAUAUUCACCGGUUCCUCAUAAUGGGUCUUCGGGUUCAAGCAGGAACAGUAACGUUACGGAGCCAGAGAGAAAACCAAGACCUGUUAGUGCUGCUCCUCCACCUAGGAGAGAAUCUCCUUCUCCAGCUAAACCUUCUCGCCCUUCCCCUUCUCAACAAAACAUGCAGAGGGACAAAGAGCAUAAAGAAGUUGAUUUCGACACAGCUCGGAAAAGGCUACAACAAAACUACAGACAAGCCGAGAAUGCUAAAAAGCAAAGGACCAUACAGGUGAUGGACAUUCAUGAGAUCCCAAAACCUAAGAAGGGUGGUGGAUUUUUUCCAAGAAAAGGCGGCAGUUCUCAAGGUGGUGGUAGACACUGGUAGAUUGAAAAAGAUGAGAGAGAGCGUAAGAGAGUUAAGUGAAACGAGGAAGAAGAUGCAAAAACAAGAAAGACAGAGAACAAAGCUCUGUUUUUGAGAGAGACACAAGAAGACAGUGAAUUCUAAAAAAAUGUUUCAAGAAUUUGGAAUUAAGUUGGUGGGUACACUUGUUUUCUAUUUUGUUGUUACUACUAUUAUUUUCUUUUUCAUUUUUUCUGAUGAACAGAACAUAAUUUUUCUUGGA